AUCAGCAGCGUGUGAGUGAAGUCGUGUUGUGAAUAACUUUGAGGUACGUUGUUUGUAGACGUUACUUUGUUUCGUGUUUGUUUUUAAAACAUACGUACAUACAUUUUAUGAGGUUUUCACUUUUUAUGUUAUAUGAUGAAACUCGCUAGAUGAGUAAACUAAGAUUGGGAUUUCGACAAUGAAACGGUCAUAUAAGCCGAUAUGGCGGAAUUCGGUCUAAAGCUGCGCGUGCGCAGGGAUGAUUCGGGAUACAGAAAUAGAACGCUAACACGCCGGAAGCUCGGAUGUAUUGGGCAGGAUGUUACCAUUUGGAUCCUGUCUGCAUUAUUUUUUGUCGGUUGUCAUGGUUACCAGGAACAAAGAUUCGCGAUGGAACCACAAGACCAGAGCGCUAUCGUCGGAUCACGCGUUACUCUGCCGUGUAGAGUAGAAAAUAAAAUUGGAAGCCUCCAAUGGACGAAGGAUGACUUCGGUCUGGGUACACACAGAAACCUUAGCGGGUACGAAAGAUAUUCCAUGAUAGGAAGCGACGAAGAAGGAGAUUACUCUUUAGAUAUACGAGACGUUUCGUUGGAAGACGAUGGUCUAUAUCAAUGUCAAGUUAGCUCUGGACUUAACGGUGAACCGCCGAUACGUUCAAGAUACGCUCAUUUGACAGUACUGAUAGCUCCUCAACCGCCCAAAAUACUACAGGGUGCGUUUAUAGAUGCCACUGAAGGCGAACCAGUUGACAUUGAAUGUGUGUCUGAAGGGGGAAAGCCGGCUGCUGAAAUAACUUGGGUCGACGGUAAUCAAGUGGUGAUUAAAGACAAUGUCAGGAGCAGAAUCGAUGAAUUACCAGACGGACAAAGAUACAAAACGAGCUCGGUGCUGCGGUUAAUACCAAGUUCGUCCCACCAUGAGCAGCAUAUCACAUGUCAAGCCCAGAAUACAGCAGAUCGGGCGUACAGGAUGGCUACAGUAUUGAUAGAGGUAAAGUACGCUCCCAAGAUCAACAUCACGAUGUCUACGGGUGUCGUGUCUGAAGGUGGUGAGGUACGGGUUCGGUGUUCCGCAGACGCUAACCCGCCACCCCAAAUAUAUAGAUGGUACUUAAACAACAAGCUCCUUGUUGGAGAUUACAAUGAGGAAUUGGUAAUAUUCAACGUGUCCCGCAAGCAUAAUAAUGCGGUUGUAAAAUGUGAAGUUAGCAACGCAGCCGGCAAGAGCGAAGCAACUAUUACUUUGAACGUCACUUAUCCACCAUCGUUCAGAUCUCGACCCCAGAAUAUUGAAUCCACAGUCGGGUCCAAUGUUACUUUGAUUUGCGACGUCGAUGGUCAUCCAAAGCCGAAGAUACGCUGGCUGUUCCACGAGCCCGGAAAAAUCGGGCAGGUCAAAGGAAAAGCUGCUAAAUUUAGUGUCGUGGUCAAUGAGAAUACAGCUGGAAGGUACAUAUGCAAGGCUACGGUUGAUGGUUACCCAGAUAUUGAGAGUGAGGCCAUAAUAUUCAUAAAAGGUCCACCAAAAAUAUUAUCAAACAGAACACAGUCAGGUAUCGAAGGGGAAACCGUGCGAGUGGAAUGUUCCUCCCUUUGUGUCCCGAAACCCGACGACAUUAGAUGGUAUUUCGAAGGAAGGGAAAUUAGCGCCAUUCUUGACCCGGAUUACGCGACGUUACUGGAGACGUUACCUGAUGGUAUUACUAAGUCUAGUUUAGUGAUACGUUCCAGCCAGUCAAAACAUUAUGGCGUGUACAACUGUAGCGUUACUAACGAAUACGGAAACGCUAAUGCUGCUAUCAGCUUAAAGCCUUUAAAAACCCUGCCGCUAGUUAUAAUACUCAUAGGAUCGACGUCUGGUAUAAUAGUUUUCUCUGCUUUCGUCAUACUUCUUGUUCUCUGUCAUCGACGUAGAAGGAAGGGCGGUCGGAUCAACGAGAAGCCAGACGUUACCGUGACUACUAGCGACAUGUAUAAAGAAAGUGACAGGAGCUCAAACAUCAGCGACCUCAAAUUGCAGCUGCCUCAGAGCGAUGGCAGCUAUGAUUUGGAAUACACUAGUUCAGAUAGAUCCGACGCAAAGCCUCAAGCAGGUUUACCACUCGCGGGUCCGGUCUUACCAAACAUACACUCUGAUAGUAUGUUACAGUUCAGAUACAGCAAUGACUAUUCUGACCCAGCAUAUAAUGACCCCUACUUUAAGAAUCCGAACGCGUAUGUUUACGACUACCCUCAAGGUUAUCCUCCGCCUGCACAUUUGAGGGUACAGUCACCAACCUUAGAAGUUCCUUCUUCAAGAUCGCUUCAAGGGUCACUAACCCGGAGUAUAGACACAUCUUCAACUCUACCAUUGUCAGCUGGCAAUGGUUCCCAAAAUAAUUCGCUACAACGAACGAAACACGACGAAACUGAUGCCAUUAAUAACUUGGGUUUACCUGUCGGCGGGGAAGGUCCUCAAGUACCAGUUUACGCACAAACUGGUCCGAAAAAUAAUCCUAGCGUUGAUGUGCGCUACGCCGCUACAUACGGCAAUCCUUACCUUAGAAAUAGUUCUGUGGGUUACCAAACAGUGCACACGGCGAGGCCGGCGGCCACUCCCGCCCCACCGCCUUACUCACGUAACCAGCCAGGUAAAGGCAACGAGAUUACCCACGCGACGCACGUGUAACGACAGUGUGAAAUGAGACUUAUGUGAAGUGUUUAAAAACUAUUUUGCAAUUCACAGUGUAAUAUAUGUUCCUAAAUAAUAAUUACGACUGACAUGUAAAUAGUAGUGUAGUUGUAAAUAUGAACGCAUGAGCAAGAUUCACAAAAUAAAUGGCUUUUGUUGUAUUUAUAAAUUUUUUGCAUGAUAAAUGUAUUACAUAUAAAGCUCAUUUGUUUUUUAUUAUUCGUCUUUUUUUUUUGAAUGAAAAAUUCGUAUUGCUCAAAGUGAAGGCUAUAGAUAAAAACAUAUGUUCAUGUAUAUAUAUUACCCAAAUACAUUUUUAUGUGCCAUGCCAUUAUAUUAACUUUGUAAAGUACCUAAUCCGCUCUAGUAAAGAACAUUAGACUAAAUAAUCAGACUGAUCUUCGAUAUUGAAUAACAAAUGUUUAAAGAUAUAGAUAAUUUAGAAAAGUCAUCUGUAUUUUAGAUAGAGAACUGUGAUAAUUAUAGAUAUCGAAAUCAAAUUCAUCUCUAUGCAAUUUUUUUUAUAUCCUCGUGUGUUUUACCUGAACAUGUAGAGAAUUUUUUUUUAUCAAAUGUAUUUGAUAAUAUUUGUAUUAUAGCGUUUUCAGUUUCCUGCAUGCGAAUAUAUUUUUUAUUUUGUUCCGAAAAUAAAUAUUUGAGAUGCAAAA